AUGGCCCACUACUCGCAGAGAGACGACCUCUUCCCCAUGGCUGGCUCUUGUCCCUGCCGCCGCACAACCUUCACCAUCCACCUCGCCCCUCUUCUCGUGCACGCCUGCUACUGCCAGGCAUGCCAGCGCCAGACGGGGAGUAUCAUGGCCCUCAAUGCGAUCAUCGAGACAUCUGCUCUGCAGGCGCAGCACGCCGCCCCAACGACACCACCAGGAUACCUCGAGCCCUUUGCAAAGAGCACCGGCGCAGACCAGCCACAAGAGGUCAUGGGCCUGAAGAAGGUCUGUGUGCCGAGCACGUCUGGCGCGGGGACGACACUGGUGGGAUGCCCGGUCUGUGGCACGACGAUAUAUUCCCACUAUGCAGAUGCUGGACGCUAUCUCGCGUACGUACGUGUCGGCCUCUUGGAGCGCGCCGGCAACAUCACGCCGGAUGUGCACAUCUUCACAGCAGAGAAGGCAUCCUUUGUGGACAUUGCCGAUGGCAAGCCACAGUACAAGGCGUACUACGCUGACAGGGGUGAAAUGUACAGGGAGGGGGUGAAGGACAGAAUCGAGGCGCUGGGCGUCAUGGUGAGCAAGUACAAGAGGGAGAUGAUGGCAUUGUCACAGCCUCAAUGA